UUUAUUCAACGCCAAACCGCGUUCUCCAGGGACUUCUCUGUCUUUUUCCACUGCUCCCUCAUCCUCAUCCUCAUCCUCAUCCUCAUCCCCUCUUCCUUCUCUCCCUCACUUUCCUCUUCGCUUUGCUUUCCGCAGACUGAUUUCGUCAUCGGGUCCGAGGCUUCUCUUUGAUGAGCUUACUUAAGGCUGACGACGCGACAGAUUCUCGUCACUGUGUGUUUAUUUAGUUUUUGGACCGGUGGUGAUGGCUGAAAAUGGUGAAGAGAAGUUACUGGCUGUGGCGCGCCACAUAGCCAAGACUUUGGGCCACAACGACACUAUGGCUGAUGAUAUUCUGCAGAUAUUCUCAAACUUCGAUGGGAGGUUUUCUCGCGAGAAGUUGUCUGAUAAAAUGGGGGAAGAGGGGCCCAGCGGCUGCGCCGCGCUCGAGCGGACACUCAAAUUACUGGACCGACAGAUCUCUCGCUACGUGGCCGCCGAUCAGCCGAUCUGGUCCGACUCCGCCGAUUCAUCAGCCUUUCUCGAUGCCAUCGACGAGUUGAUUGCCACUAUCAGGGACUGGAGUCCAUUGGGAGGGGAUAAAUUAGUUGGCGCGUGCCUUUUACGCGCCGAGGACCUCGUGCAGCAGGCCAUGUUUCGUGUUGAGGACGAGUUCCGGUCACUGAUGGAACGAGCCGGCGAGUCUUUUGACCUGGCUCAACCCAGCGGUUCGGCUAGAAACUCGCCGCUUGACUCAGAGGACGAAGACGGCGAAGAUGAUGAUGGCGGUGAGAAUCGCCAGAUCCCCGUAGCGCAGCCACUCACUGAGUACGACAUCGUGAUCGACGCGCUGCCCUCGGGGACUAUAAACGACCUGCACGAGAUUGCGAAGCGCAUGGUGGCGGCCGGGUUCGGGAAGGAGUGCUCGCACGUUUACAGCAGUUGCCGAAGGGAGUUUCUGGAAGAAAGCAUGUCAAGACUGGGUUUGCAGAAGCUGAGCAUCGACGAAGUUCAAAGGAUGCCAUGGCAGGACCUCGGGGACGAAAUAGAGCGUUGGAUGAAAGCGGCGAACGUUUUCCUCCGCAUCCUCUUUCCCAGCGAACGCCGCUUAUGUGAUCGCGUCUUCUUCGGUUUCUCUUCGGCUGCCGAUCUCUCAUUUAUGGAAGUCUGUCGAGGGUCAGCAAUUCAGCUACUGAAUUUCGCUGAUGCAAUCGCAAUCGGUAGCCGAGCACCAGAUAGACUGUUCAAGAUUCUCGACGUUUUUGAAACCAUGAGGGAUCUAAUGCCUGAAUUUGAGUCAGUGUUUUCUGAUCAGUACUGUUUGGUUUUGAGAAAUGAAGCAUUCACGAUGUGGAAGCGACUGGGGGAGGCAAUCAGAGGCAUAUUCGUGGAAUUGAAAAAUCUGAUCCGCCGGGACCCAGCAAAGGUGGCAGUUCCCGGUGGCGGCCUCCAUCCGAUCACGCGUUAUGUGAUGAACUAUCUCCGGGCAGCGUGCAAGUCCAGAGAGACAUUUGAGCAAAUCUUCGAGGAGAGCAACGGUGUCCCGUCCAAGGACUCGACUUCUUUGUCAAUGCAAAUGGCUUGGAUUAUGGAGCUGCUGGAGAGUAAUUUAGAGGUUAAGUCCAAGAUUUAUCGGGACCCGGCCUUAUGCUCUGUUUUCAUGAUGAAUAACGGGAGGUACAUUGUUCAAAAGGUGAAGGAUAGUGAACUCGGGUCACUUCUUGGUGACGUUUGGAUAAGAAAACACACUGCUAAAGUAUGGCAGUAUCAUUCCAAUUAUCAGAGGAGCUCGUGGAACGGGGUACUAGGAGCUUUGAAGCUUGAAAAUAGCUCCACGGCCUCAAAUGUUCCCUCCAAGACUAUGAAAGAGAAGCUUAAGUUAUUCAAUUCAUCUGUCGAAGACAUUUGUAAAACUCAGUCUACAUGGGUUGUGUAUGAUGAGCAACUACGAGAAGAGUUGAGAAUUUCUGUGACUAAACUUUUGAUACCGGCUUAUGGGAACUUUAUUGGAAAAUUUCAGAAUCAUCCUGAGAUAGGGAAGCACGCAGACAAGUAUAUUAAAUAUGGUGUGGAGGAUCUGGAGGCUCGCCUUAGUGACUUGUUCCAGGGAAAUACUGGAUCAGCUGGUGUUGGAAAGUGAAGGUUGUCGGGCAGGGCUUUGUGAGCUGAUUUACUCGGAUGCAAUCCCAAGAUAGGAACACUGAAGCGGUCUUGCAAGUUGGAGUCAAUUAGGUUACAUGUCGAGACUGCUUCUACAAAUCUGCACCCACAGCCAUCCUCUUUGUUACAGUGAAGCUGUUGGAUACAACUUGCAUUUGGGAGGAACAAAAACUGUUAAAAGUCUACCUUAGGUAAAAGAUAAUUGGAUAUGCGAUGGCUUGGUUUGAUUAAACACUUUUUUACUGAAGCUAUAUUCUAAUCAGUUUUCAGAAACUCACGAUGCCAUGUGUAUAUUCUUCUUUAUCCUGUAUAUAAAAUAUGCUUUGUCCUGUAGUAGAGUAAUCAAUAUCCGCAACUCUUGUCAUGGUCUCCUAGGCUUUUAGCUUAUGCAGACGUUUACUGUUUACAGUUGGGCGUCAUUUUUACUAUAGCAUGAGUUACAAGCGA